ACAUAAUGAAUAAAUUUACUAUUUUUGGACAUAUGACUUCCCUGUUCAAAACCCUUCCACAAAUACCGUAUGAUAUAGAAAAAAAAUGACAUCAAGGAGUGCCGAUAUCUGCACCCUCUGUACGGACGAUGGAAUAUCCAAUAAUGCAAUCACGUGGUGCACAGAAUGUGAAGUCUUUCUUUGUACUGACUGCGAAAAACAUCACAAAAGAUCAAAGGCCUCUAAAGAACAUAGAACAAUGCGUACUGUUGAUUAUCGUAACUUGCCGCAAUUCAUGCAGGAAACGAGCAACCGGUGCAAAGACCAUGACAAAAAGUACGAGCUCUAUUGUUCUUUCCAUUCAUGUCCUUGUUGCAUUCAAUGUAUCGCCAGUAAACACCAAAAGUGUCAAGACCUGAAACCCCUUGAUGACAUUUUGAAAGAUUUCAAAUCGUCUGCUGCUGUUCCGAUACUUAAAAAAGAUUUAACAGAUUUGAGAGAAAGUUUAGAAGAAGUAAUGAGACACUUAAGGGACAAAAUCAAAACAAUCCAUAUUCAAAAAAGUAAAUGCAUUCAAGAAGUAAGGACAACGCGCAAAUUACUAAAUGAUUACUUCGACAAAUUAGAAAGGGAAAUCCUUGACGAUUUAAAAUCACAACAUUCGAAAUUGGCAUCAGACAUGGAGGCACUGGUUCAACAAAUGGAAAAUCGCGCAAAACGGGUUGAUCAAAUGCAGGAAGACUUUUCUACCAUGACUAAGUAUGCAACUGAACUGCAAACAUAUAUCGGCCUGCGUGAAAUCGAAAAAACUACAUCUCAAGAAGCAAAAUACUUGGAUGAGUUAGAGAGUGGCAGCCAGUUAAAUGAUAUGGAGAUUACCGUUUCUUCUACUGUAAAGUCCGUUUUACAAGAUGUCAAAUCCUUAGGAAAUAUCUCUGUCAAGUCGUUAACGAAAAGUUUCCAAACUAAGACUGGAAGAAAAGAUCAAGCCCAGCAUUUAGUUCCAAUGGUUCAUGGGAUAGAGCAAAUUAAGCCUUCGCUUUUGAACAGCUUAAGAGUUCCGAAUGGUGAAAGCCUUAAACUAAUUACCUGUCAGAUAUUACCGGAUGGUACAUUAUUACUUUUUCAUUACAAACAGAAUAGCAUGAUUCAGUACAAUAGUGAUGGUACCUUUAUGAAAGAGCUGAUGACAUUCAAAGAGCAACCAUAUGAUGUAUGCUUUGUUAAGGAUAAUACAGUAGCUGUCACUUUAUAUCGUGCUACAAAGGUGCUGCUGGUUGAUGUAGAGAAGAAUAAACUUAUAAAAACUAUAAAACUUGCUCAUGGCUGUUACGGAGUUUCAAGUGAUGGUGAAGUUAUGAUUAUCAGCCAUAAAGAGGCUAGAAAAAUUAUAAUACUGAAUCUGAAAGAUAUGUCCGAAGACAUUUUAGAAGGAAUUCGUGUCCAUCGUAUUUCACUGUUUAAAGGAAACAUUUAUGGCACUUAUUAUUAUGAAGACAGAGUUGACUGCUACAGAAUCACUGGUGAACUUCUAUGGACAUUUACUCACGAGGACAUAUAUCAACCAGAGGGAAUCGCUGUAGAUAUGAACGGUUUUGUUUAUAUAACUUCCUGCGGGAAAGAUAGAAUCGUGGUCCUGUCAUCAGAUGGUAAAAUAAGUAGAACAGUUCUAUGUAAGGAGGAUGGAAUCCUGGAACCUUAUGCAAUUGACAUCAACAAAGAAUUAGGAACAAUGCUGGUUGCUUGUUGUGUGGAUAAGAAGGGUAGUGCUUUCAUUUUCAAAAUCUAAUCUAAAAAAUAAAAAAAGAUAUUGAAAGAUAAACUUUAAUACCAGGAUGUGUGUGUAAAUAAAAAAAUAAAUUAGUACACAUGAUUGCUGUAAUCUGUAAUCUUUAUUGAUUAGUUUUUGCAGUAAUAAUAGAAAUAUUACUUAA